CUUUAGCUCAGUGGUAGAAGCUGGAUAAAGAGCGAGGGUGAAAGGGGUAGAAAAGAGAAACCCCUCUAACAGAACUAGGAGGAAGCCAGUAAAGACACAGUGUUUCAUAAGGAAACAGUCAAGAUCCAAUGUCCGUAAAAAGUGCUUCAAUUGCACGAUACACAUGUGAAAGAUACCCACUCCCAGACUGUAAUGCGCGGAUUUUUACGUGGUACAUUAUACUGUGCUUUGUGGUAUGGUAGUAUAGCGGCAGGUUUUUUAUUUAUUGCCUGUCCGCUUUUGCCACUGUUGUUGUUUAGUCCACCGAUAUUUCGAAAAUGUGGAGACAUUCUAUUCGCAUGCUGGGAACUUUAUCCUACCGCUCUGUUGAAGGCGUUCGGUGUAAAGAUCUACGUAUCUGGCGAUCAUAUAUCUCCUAAUGAAUCGGCCGUGCUCGUGAUGAAUCACAGAACGAGGGUGGAUUGGAACUUCCUAUGGGCAGCGAUGUAUCAAGCGUGUAUGCCCAGUGUCGGUUGUCAUAAAUUGAAAUUUAUUUUAAAGGAUCCUAUACGACACAUUCCCGGUCCAGGAUGGAUAAUGCAAAUGAAUGGUUUCCUUUAUAUAACGCGACGGUGGGAAGAGGAUCGAGGCCGAUUGUCGCGUACGCUCGAUUACCUGAUCGCUUUAGAUAGCCGCACGCAGCUGCUGAUAUUCCCCGAGGGCACCGAUCUAACGAAGAGCAGCAAGGAGAAGUCGGACAAGUACGCCUUGCAGCAUCACCUGCCGCUUUAUACUUAUACCCUCCACCCGAAAACGACCGGCUUCACUUAUCUGGUCCGGCAUCUUCAGCGCGCGAAUUACCUCGACGCUGUGUAUGAUCUGACGAUAGCAUAUCCGGAUUACAUACCGCAAUCUGAGAUCGAUCUGAUCAAGGGUAAAUUCCCGAGGGAGGUCCAUUUCCAUAUAAAACGAAUUUCAUCCGCGGAUAUACCGGCGUAUGAUUCGGCAUAUGAUGACUCGACUUUGAGAAAGUGGCUGGAGGACAAGUGGUCCGAUAAAGAGACGAUAUUGCAGGGAUUCUAUGAACGGAAGGCAUUCUCCACCCAGAUCUGGCCGAUGGCGAAAACGCUGCCGUUGCGAAUCGCGUUCGGAUUCUGGAGCAUAUUAACAGGGAUGGCAGUGCUUCUACUUAUCGUUUCUCCGAUCUUCCAAUUAUGGACUCUGUUCUUUGCGUUAUUUUUCAUCGGAUUGUCUAUUCUCAACAUAUGCUUCAAUCAAAUUGAAAUUGGAUGGUAUUGGCGUUGGAAAGAGCUCCUUUUGAGCUAAAUAUAGUUAAUUGAGAAUAUAUUUUUGUUUGAACAUCACUAGGGAAUCGCGUAGCUCUUUGUCUCUGUGAUAAUACUGUAUGUAAGAUCGUAACGUUAGAAGAACAGAUGUGCAAUAUCACAAUUUGAUAUAAUUAUGUCUAAUAUACUUUUCUUGAA